AUGCCAAGAGCCCCAAGAACUUACUCAAAAACGUACUCUACUCCAAAGAGACCAUAUGAGUCCUCUCGUCUUGACGCUGAAUUAAAAUUAGCUGGUGAAUUCGGUUUAAAGAAUAAGAGAGAAAUUUACAGAAUUUCUUUCCAAUUAUCUAAGAUUCGUCGUGCUGCCAGAGAUCUUUUAACUAGAGAUGAAAAGGAUCCAAAGAGGUUAUUCGAAGGUAACGCUUUAAUCAGAAGAUUAGUUAGAGUCGGUGUUUUAUCGGAAGACAAGAAGAAAUUAGAUUAUGUUUUAGCUUUAAAGAUUGAAGAUUUCUUGGAAAGAAGAUUACAAACUCAAGUUUACAAAUUAGGCUUAGCCAAAUCUAUUCAUCACGCUAGAGUUUUAAUUACCCAAAGACACAUUGCUGUCGGUAAGCAAAUCGUCACCAUCCCAUCUUUCAUGGUUAGAUUAGACUCCGAAAAGCACAUUGACUUCGCUUCCACUUCUCCAUUUGGUGGUGCUAGACCAGGUAGAGUUGCCAGAAAGAACUCUGGUAAGAACUCGGAAGAAGGUGAAGCUGUUGAUGAAGAAUAA